AUGGAUGAUGAUAUAUGUGGAAACUUUGUUGUUUUGAGGACGUAUUUACCCGAUGAAUUAGGCGAAAGCGCAAAAAUUGAUUUUAAAAGUAGUAGUAGUCUCAAAAAAUACUGCCCUAAUGGAAACUGCAAUACUAAUCUCGAUAAAAUUAUGGCUGGAUUUUUAUGGUUAUUUGAGGAAAAUUGUUCUAAAUUCCAAAAGACACCUUCUGAUGAAAAUAAGAUGAUUACAAUUUUUCUAUAUAUUAUUUCAUGGUUAUCUUAUAAAUUAAAUCAAAACUCAGAGUACAAUUUCACCACAAUAAACGAUUUUUAUACUAAACAUGUAAAUGAUAAUCAACAGUAUACUAGUAUUAUAAAUGAUGUCAGUAAAUGUACAAAUUUUAAGAAAAUCAUAGAUAAACAAAAGGAUUUUUUGAAUAUUAAUAUUGAAGAUAUGUCUAAUUUUUAUGAUGCAUUCAAAUUAUUAUGUAAUAUACAUGAUAAUGUUACAAGGAAUGUAUAUGACAACACACUAUCAGGCAAUGCUAUUCAUUUUUUCAAUAAAUAUUCAGAGAUUAACGAUUAUUAUAACAUUGAAAAUACCCUAUAUAGUAAAAUAUUGUCUUUUUUAUCAACUGAUUAUAAUAAUUUAAAAACUAAGUGUGAUAAAAAUUUGGAUCAAUCUAAAAAAUUUCCAAUUCUUCCAACAGAAAGAGCAACAAAAACAUUUUUACGACAGUCAUCUAUACAAAUUUCAGUAGUCCCAAUGACAUUUAUUUUUUGUGCAUUACUUAUAUAUUUAGGAAUUGUGUAUAAGCGUUCAUCAUUUGACUUUCGGAAAAGGAUUCAAAAACUCAAUUUAAGAAUCAAAAAAAUAACGAAGAAAAUAAAUCAUUAA